GCCAUUGAUGAAGCUGCCCCACAACUGGUCCUAAAAGCGCAACGCUUGUUUUUGGUGCUUACUAAAUAUCGUCUUCUCAUAUCUUCCUAUCCUUCUAUCCCUCAUCCGAUUCUUCCCUUCAUCUCCCCCUUUUUUCCAUUUUUUUCUUUUCUCGCAAUUUUUUUUUCUUUUUAUAUAUCUCCACGAUAAUCUUCCUACUCAUUUCCACUCAAACUUCCACGGCUCAUCACAGUUUAUCCGAAUUCCGUGGUGAUUCAUUGAGUUGAAAGCAAGCUCAAGAUCCGAUUGAGAGAGCCCUUUUCUUUCUCUCUAUCUCAUAAAUAUUUGCUUUUUGGCUUGUUUUCAUCUCCUCCAUGAGAUUGAAAAGCCCCCCUUUUCACGGGCUUUCCGUUUUGUGGUUUUGACUGUUUCUCCCUUUCCUAUUAUUAGUGGGCAUUCCUCUCUUUGUGCUCUGCCUUUGGCCUUAUUUUGCUGCAAUCUGCUUUUGUUAUUACCUCUGCGUGGCUUUGGUCUUUGUGGGACUAGCAAAAAUUAUGAGGCUCAAACCUGUUUCGCCCACUGCAGAUUGCUCACACCAUGCCUCCUUCCAACCCUUCUUCACCUCAUCAUCCUUCCGCUUUCGAACCUCUGAAAUGGAUGGGCCUCUAUCCCUUGUCUUCUCCCCCAAAACUCUCCUUAAAACGCGGUCUUUUAGCAAGGUCUCCAAGGGUAACAACAUUAUUAGGCGCUCUUGCAGCUUGAAUUUGGAUGAGAAGCCCUCCUUCCACGUGGAGGCGUCGGCCAAGAUGAUGUCGAAUGGUCCACGGGAGGAGGAAGGGCGUAAGAAGCAGCAUUGUGCCAUUUCGAACGGCAACACCCCUUUCUUUGGUAGGCAAGGAGGGAGGAGGGAUCAGAAAGACUCCUUCUUGGAGUCCCGUUUCGAUUUCUUGGAGCCGAUGAUGCUAGGGAUUAAGCCGGAGUUCCCGGAUUGGCCGGAUAAGGACACGGCCGCGUGGACCGUGAUUGAACACAAGGCUAAUAGUUUGGACAUUCCCCUCUCCCUUAGGAUGAUCAAGAAGAAGCUGCAGCUGGAGGAGGGCUUUGCUGGCGGGUCCAUGGAGGGGUCGGAGGCGGAGGGGGGUGGCUAUUGCUCCGUGAAGGCGGCCUUUGCCUCGAUGGUGUUCAUCAUCGUCGAGCUGCAGAGCUGCGCCUUGCACAUGAGGGAAGCUCUGUGUGAUGAGGAUUUGGAUGUGAUCACAUCCAAGGUGCAGAAGGAGAUGCAUCUGUCGUUCGUGUGGCUGUUCCAGCAGGUGUUCUCGAGGACACCGGCCUUGAUGCUCGACGUGAUGGUGCUCUUGGCUGAUUUCAGCGUGCAUUCGACCUCCCACAACACUGCGAUAGGUGGGGAGGCCCCGUUGUUGGGAGCAUUGCUUGAGCCUUCUGAGCGGAGUGAGGCUCGGCAGUAUCAAGAGAUAAGCUCGUCGUUGUCAAUGCUGGUCACGGAUAAGGGGGCCACCCUGGAGGAGCAAACGGAAGGUGGGAAUCUGCCUCCGAGCAUCUAUCCGAGUAAUGAGUUUGGGAGCGUGGCAGAGAUGAAUCUGUGGGAUUCAAUGGUUGAUGAAGCUAAAGAUAUGCGGGAAGGCGUGGACGAGGAGGUGGUUCUUGAUCACGACACCAUGAAACACUUUGUUUCGCCCGUCUCUGUGGAGAUCGAGCCCGAUACCCACCAAGAUUAUCUCAGGACAGACCUAUUGUACCAGAUGCACAUAGCCAUGGAACCUAAUAAUUCACUCUUGCUAUUGAACUAUGCGCGAUUUCUGCAGGUUGUGGCACGCGACUAUCAAAGGUCCGAGGAAUGCUUCAAGCGGGCAGUGCAAGCAUCGCCACCCGAUGCAGAAUCUCUCAGCCAAUAUGCCAACUUCCUAUGGACAGUGAGGAAGGACUACUGGGCGGCCGAGGAGAGCUUCUUGCAAGCUCUGGCCCUCGAGCCAAACAACGCACACUAUGCUUCCAGGUACGCCAACUUCUUGUGGAGCACCGGUGGCGAGGAUACCUGUUUCCCCCUCAACAAUUCCCAAAACGUGUAGGGAGUCGUCUAGCAUCAUCAUCAUCGUAUAGUGAUAUAAGAAGAAUAAAAAUCCGAUCGUGCCUUGCGUUUCCGGACACACUAGGACUGUGGAAACUCCUCCACAUUGAUCAAUGGAACAAGGUGGAGAUAGGUAGAUAUAUUGUAUGUAUUUCAUCAGGGCCGGAAACCCGGGAGCACGAAGAAAUCUUUGUACGUUUUAGGCACGACAGCGAAUAAUCAUAGUUUUCAGGCAACGAAGGCGAAUAAGGUAGGGUUACAGGAGAAAGAGGGAGAGGUUUUGAUGGGGUUGAUGAGGAAGGAGAAGGAAGAUUUUACAGCAGGUUUACAGCACAGUAAGAAAUGCAGCUCUGAAUUUUUACCAAAAUUCUCAAUUGUACAGAAAAGGUAAGUGAUUUUGCUUACAUGAGUGGCAUUUGUGUGCUUGUUUACUAUUCAAAAGGAGAAACUACAUUUGUAUAUUAUUACAUAAAUUUCUGCAGAGGUGCCAUUCAAGUUUCUGUAUGCUAAUUUUUGUUGAUUACUUAGAUGUGAGAAUUUGAUGAAUAUAUUAGAAAAGGAAGAAUAAGGGGAUGAUAUUGUCCUCAUGAAUGGGUGCUUUUUCCCCCCUCUGAAAAAGUAUGUAUAUGGUUUUGUAAGUAUGUAGUAUAUUGUUUAGUUUUUUUAUUUAAUUAGUAUUUUGUUUUAGUUUCA